AUGAGCGGAUCUUAUCGUAAAGCGAAGCAUCAGGCAGCUGGACAUGAUGGUAACUUCACGGAUGAGGGCGAGAGCCUAUUCUUCAAACCUACAACAGCUCAAGAGGUUGAAUUUUACCAGGAUAUUCAGCGUAGAUAUACAGAUAGCACCUCAGAAGACCUCAAGCUUGAUGCAUGGAUGCCUGUUUUCUUGGGAACCCUCGAGCUUGGAGUGACAGGGAGGGCACGCGAGUCCGAUGACAGCGAGGUUCAAUCAGCUAUCACUGCACAUGCGAAUCUGACCCAGGUCGAACCCGAGCUCGUUCCCCCCAAUAAGCCCAUCAUUGUACUUGAGAACCUUUUGCGUGGUUACAGAACACCGAAUAUUCUCGAUGUCAAGCUGGGGAAGACGUUACACGAUGAGUUUGCCUCAGAAGACAAGAAACUGCGUCUCAGAAAGGUCAGCCAGGAAACAACCUCAGGAAGCUUAGGACUCAGAAUAUGUGGUAUGAAAAUUCAAGAGAGCGCUGCGGCAUCAACGCUCGACGACUGUACCUAUGCCCGUGAAAGUGAUGGAUAUAUCUCCAUUAAUAAGUUCUACGGACGUGAGCUCAAUGUCAAUAACGUGAAGGAUGGUUUCAAGCUCUUUUUUGAUAGCAAUAGCCUAAGUUGUGAUCGCAGAAAAGCUCUUACUGAGACUUUCCUGCAGCGAAUCCAGCUCCUAUACAACACUCUGUUAGAAGAGGAAGUGCGAAUGAUAUCCGCUAGCCUUCUACUCGUGUAUGAAGCCGACUCCGAUCGCUGGGACGAGCUCCAGGAUGAAGACACCCUUCUACGUACUGAUUUUUUCCAGGACUUUAGCGAUGAUGAGGAAGAAGAAGAGCCCACCGCACCACUGAGUUCACUCUCAUUGAUUGAUUUUGCUCACUCUAAAGUGACCAAAGGUCAAGGGUACGACGAGAAUGUAAUUUGUGGUGUCGAGUCCCUUAUAGAUAUAUUCGAUGAGAUGCGUCUUCCUUCCAACUAA